AUGCCUUCCCUCGUUCCGUGCUCCCAUACUAGCAUACCCGCCGCCUCGACAACCUCGUUCGCUUAUGGCGGCUUCCUCAACUCAACGCCCGACUCGCAGCAGCACCUUUUCCCGCGUCAAUCCCAGGCGCAUUUCGUUGUGAGCGGUGUACAGGGCUCCGGCGCGCCGAACCGGAUCGAGAUCAACGACUUCGUCAAGCAGGAUGACCAGUUCUCCUUGUUCAUCCAGGCGCUCACUGUUCUCCAGAACGACACCCAAUCUCUUCAGACUUCGUACUUCCAGAUGGGCGGCAUUCAUGGUCUGCCCUUCAUCGAAUGGGGUGGCUCAGGCGGCGAGACUGGCGCUCCUGGCUCUUGGGGCGGAUAUUGUACUCAUGGAAACGUUCUCUUCCCCACGUGGCAUCGACCGUACACGGCGCUUUUCGAGCAAGUCAUACAGGAGCAGGCCAUCGCCAUCGCGAACACUUACGAGGUUAACGCUGAACAGUUCAUGUCCGCCGCGCAGACCCUUCGCGUACCAUACUGGGACUGGGCGAUGAACAGUGUCCCGCCCGACGAAAUCAUCGAGUUACGGACUGUUACGAUCACCGCGCCAGACGGCACCCGCAAAGACGUCAGCAACCCGUUCUACGAGUACACUUUCCAUCCUAUCGAUUCAAGCUUCCCCUCGCCCUAUAGUAACUGGCAAACAACACUGCGCCACCCAGACAACCAAGGCCCCUCAGCAGUAUCAAGUGUUCCCGAUCUACGGAGCCGCAUGCAGUCCGUUCAAGAAGAUGUUCGCGCUUCGACGUACAAUAUGCUGACUCGUGUGCGCACCUGGGAGGCGUUCAGCAAUCAUGACGUCGGAGACGGAGGUAGCACGAGCAACUCUCUCGAGGCCAUUCACGACGGCGUCCACUCGGAUGUUGGCGGCGCGGGGCACAUGGCGGACCCCGCUGUGGCUGGCUUUGACCCGAUCUUCUUUCUCCACCACGCCAACGUCGAUCGCAUGGUUGCGCUCUGGUCGGCCAUCAACCCCGGCGUUUGGGUCACUGAUGGUCCUGCGGGCGACGGCACUUGGACGAUUCCAGUCUCGGGUACGGUCGACAACACCACGAACCUGACGCCGUUCUGGAACAGCGAGAGCACGUACUGGCUUUCAACGGACAGUUCCAGCACGCAGCGCUUCGGCUACUCGUACCCCGAGUUCAACGGCCUCGACAUGAACAACCCGCAAGCGGUACGCACGACCAUCCUUGCGACUGUCAAUAAGAUGUACGGCGACAGCGCAUCGUUCGCGGCUGAGGCGGCGUCCGAGGAGGACGCUUUCGGAUCGCUUGGCCUCAGGAAGCGCGGGCAUUGGAACCCCUUCGACAGCGACGGCCGCAUCCGCUUGCUUGACAACCUCGGCGGUGACGGCGACGACGACGAGGAUGGCGGUCACACGUACGUGACUGAGCAGAAUCUGUGGGACUGGACAGUGCGGAUCCAGGUCGACAAGCAUGCGCUUCCCAAAACAUUUAGCGUCCUCAUCUUCCUCGGCGACGUGCCCAACGAUCCGAAGAGCUGGCGUAAGGCGUCUUCGUUCGUCGGAUCGUUCUCGGCCUUCGCGCACAGCAUGGCUCGUCACCGCGGUGGUGCACAACUCGCACAGGGCUUUGUGCAUCUCAACCGUGUGCUUGCCCGCACCCAGGGCGUGCACGGAUUUGAUCCUGAGGAGGUCCAACCGUACUUGCGCACACACCUCCAGUGGCGCGUCAUGUGCUCUGAUGGCACUAUCGUCGACCCUGGUACCCUCCCGUCUCUCGAGGUCGUCAGCAUCGGUACGCCCGUCAAGCUUCAGCCGGGCGCGGAGCUACCGGAUUACGGCGAGCCCACGUACUACUACGACGUCACGGAGGGCAAGCCCGGAGGCGCGCGCAGCCGGAUGGACAGGCGCGCGGCGCUUUGA